GCCGGGCACGAACGGUGCGAAAGAGACAGCGAACAGAACAAUCAAAAUCUGGUACAGAAUCUGGGAUUGAUCGAGGUCAAAGGUGGGAAAUUAAUUGAAACUCACAUGAUUCCGUGAUGGAAGUGUGUGCAUCAUCAUCAUCGAGGAGGAUUUAUUUGCUUAUUCUGUUUAUCUUUAACUUUUCACCAACGAUCACUGCAAUUAGGAAGGAUGUUAGCUUUCAAACCCUCCAUCCCUGCAAAACCACCGUUCAAGGCAGAUACCUCCUUUCAGAUGAAAACGGUUAUGUGUGUAAUGCUGUGUCUGUUAAUUCACGCUCUCGUUGCUGCCCUCCGAAGGGGGAGAAAUUUUCUUUGAAUGCAAUCUUCUUUCACAAUGCUGCAACUCUUAUGAAUAUUGUGUUUCCUGCUGCCUCAAUCCUGCUCUGUUUGGGUCUUUGCAUUUUUUUUCUCAACUUAAUCGAGCAGACGAGUAAGGAACAAGUGCUGAAGAUGAAGGUUGCUAAGCCUGCUACUGCAAGAACUUAUACAAGUGUUUUUGACUACUGUGCUGGGAGAUGCCGUCAUAGUUCCGAGAGUGUGGUCCAUGAAAAUGCUUACAUUAGUGACUUCCACCACUGUUUUUCUCUGCCAUCGAAUUCUUCAUCAGGGAAAAAUAGUACUCUCAUAGAAGCCAGACUGAAUGGCAUCAAUGUUGUUGUUGGGAGGCAAGGUGAAUCAUGUAAUUCUGUUUGCAAAUCAAGAGGACAAUUAUGCGUCCCGAAUAAACUUGCGGUGCUUAAUAAUUGUGACAUUAUUCAAAAAUAUAUGAGCUGCAAGGGGUCUUGCUUGUCAAGUGUUGGAUCAGAUCAACCAGCUGAAGUUGUUUAUGAUGCCCCAAUGCAUCUGAAUCCAGGAUCCUGUUUGUACACUGAAACAGUGUCUAUGCUUUCUUGUGAUGGUUUACAUCAGCACACAAGGAGACUGUGCCCCUGUGCAUAGUGUUAGCUGGGGUACUGGGCUUCAUAGCACUGAAAAUUUUGGUUUGGAAGGAGGCAACUCUUGAUUUAAUGUCACUGACCAAGGAGGCAACUCGUGUACCUCAUCAACCCUUUGGAAAUUGUGUACCAUUCAUCUGAGCUUAUGUUGUAAAAAUUAGCUCUUUAUUAUUCCUUUCAAAAUUUUGAAAGAACUAUACUUUGUACAGGCUACUUUCCUCUCCUUGAAUGGAUUAUCCAGAGAGGAAAUGAGAUGACAAAAUGUUGUAGUAUAAAAUUGGUAUGUACGGUGAAUGUAAAACUUUUUACAUGAUCAACUAAUUAUAAAUACUGUUUUAUGUUUUUAAA